UCCAUUUUCGUUUCUCGAAAAUCCCCACAUCAGAUAUCAAAUCCCGCCAAAACAAAUAUAAUUCGCUUUGAAGAAGAAGAAGAACAACAACAAAUCGCUCAAUCUCUUCACCACGUUGUCUUCAUCUUCAACGUUUAAAUUAAGCCUCCCUGCUCGAAUUCAAAAUGGUUCGAGCAGCGGAGGAAGAAGAAAUUGAGCAUUUGGAGUUAGGUGAUGAAGGCACGCAAAACGAUGAUAACAGAUGCUGCUCAGAUAUGGAGAUGAUGAAGGAGAAGUUCGCAAAGUUGCUUUUAGGUGAGGAUAUGUCUGGUGGAGGAAAAGGUGUUUCAUCAGCUAUGGCUUUAUCAAACGCCAUUACAAAUCUAGCAGCUUCUGUGUUUGGGGAACAAUCGCGAUUAGAGCCGAUGCCGGAGGAAAGAAAAGCAAGGUGGCGGAAAGAAAUCGAUUGGCUCUUAUCUGUUACUGAUCAUAUUGUUGAAUUUGUGCCUUCAAAACAGAACACUAAUGGUGUAGACAGGGAGGUUAUGGUUACUAGACAACGGAGCGACAUCCACAUGAAUAUUCCUGCAUUAAAGAAGCUCGAUGCGAUGCUCCUUGAAUGCCUAGAUAACUUUGCGGGUGACCAUGAGUUUACGUAUGCAUCUAAAGAUGACCAUAAAGCACGAAGCAUAAAAAAGAGGGAAGAGGAUAAAUGGUGGUUACCAACUCCAAAGGUUCCCCCGAAUGGUUUAUCUGAAGGUGCGAGAAAGUGGUUGCAGUUUCAAAAAGACUCGGUUCACCAAGUUCUCAAAGCGGCCCUGGCCAUUAACGCUCAGAUUCUAAUGGAGAUGGAGAUCCCGGAGAACUAUAUUGAAACCCUUCCAAAGAAUGGACGGGCGAGUCUGGGAGACUAUAUCUACAAGGCUAUUACUGUUGAGCACUUUGAUCCUGAUCUCUUCCUAUCAUCUAUGGAUUUGUCGACAGAACAUAAAAUUGUCGACCUCAAGAAUAGAAUCGAGGCGUCUGUGGUGAUAUGGAAGAGGAAGAUGUCUGCUAAAGAUGGAAGGUCCGGAUGGGGUUCGGGUGUGAGUUUGGAGAAGAGGGAGCAAUUUGGAGAUAGAGCAGAGACGAUCUUACUAAUACUUAAACAACGUUAUCCUGGGAUUCCUCAAUCUACACUAGAAAUCAGCAAAAUCGAACACAAUAGGGAUGUUGGACUUGCUAUUCUCGAGAGCUAUUCAAGAAUACUAGAAAGCUUGGCACACAAAGUGUUAUCACGUAUAGAAGAUGUACAACAUGUCGACGCUCUUGCACAAAAUCCAUCUUUAGGAAGUCUAAAGAGGAACUCUCUUAAAGAUUCGAUCAAGAUACAAGCAUCAGGUAAAUUCCCAUAUGCGGUAGAAGAGACUAUAAAAGCUCAAUGAUUCAGAUUAACAACUUAAUGAGCUUAAUGGGAUUCACAGCUUAUUACGUCAACUAUACAUGAUUGUUGGUUAGUGGCUUAAUAAUAUGAAAAGUGG